UAUUUGUCCUCCUGGGCCUGCCGCCGCUCAAAGCUUAGCUUUCUUCCAUUUCUUCGGUUUCUCUCUCAAUAUCAAAUCUCAUUGCCUCUCAUUUUCGUCUCUCAUCUCCGAUCUUCACUCUCCGGAGUCUCCAAUUCGAUCUCAUUUCUCAAUCUCGAUCUCACCAUCGCUCACCUGUCUCACGAUUUCAUUUCUCGCCGUUCGUCGCCUGCGCCGCUGGCUCAUUCAUAUAUCUCACGUGAAAGUUCUACGUGCGACCUCUCUUGCAUCCCAACAGAGUUGAUUCAUCAUGGCGGAAGUGAUGCUGAUGAAAGAAAUUGAGGACACGGCUGGUCGGCUUGGGAUAGAUCUUUCCCAAGUUGACCUUGAUUCCAUUCGUCUCCCUCCUGGCGAUGAUUUUGGGAUCAUUAGUGAUGAUGAAGAAGUUCUACAAGAGGAGAGCCUAGAGUUUGAUUCUGGAUUUGGAAACAUUAUAGUUGUUGACAAUCUUCCAGUUGUUCCUCCGGAGAAGUUUGAGAAGCUGGAAGGUGUUGUUCGUAAAAUUUUUGGUCAGAUUGGAGUUAUCAAGGACGAUGGUUUGUGGAUGCCCGUUGAUCCUACCACGCAAAAAACUUUAGGUUACUGUUUUAUUGAGUAUAGUACUCCACAGGAGGCUGAGCUUGCCAGAGAGAAGACCGAUGGGUAUAAGUUGGAUAGAGCCCAUAUUUUCACGGUUAACAUGUUCGAGGACUUUGACAGAUUUAUGAAAGUUCCAGAUGAGUGGGCUCCUCCUCAAAUUAGCCCAUAUACUCCUGGGGAAAAUCUUCAACAAUGGCUUACUGAUGAUAAAGCACGUGAUCAGUUUGUUAUUCGUUCUGGAUCUGACACCGAGGUCUUUUGGAAUGAUGCUAGACAUUUAAAGCCCGAGCCUGUUUACAAGCGUCCGUUCUGGACUGAGAGUUUUGUGCAGUGGUCCCCAUUGGGGACAUACCUAGCGACAAUUCACCGACAGGGUGCUGCAGUUUGGGGUGGAGCAGGUACCUUUAACCGUCUGAUGCGCUUUGCUCAUCAACAGGUUAAGUUAAUUGAUUUUUCUCCUGGUGAAAAGUAUCUAGUGACUUACAGCAACCACGAGCCAAGUAAUCCUCGUGAUGCAAAUAGGAUUGUGAUCAAUAUUUUUGAUGUGAGAACUGGCAAAGUUAUGAGAGAUUUCAAAGGAAGUCCCGAUGAUUUUGCCAUUGGAGGAACUGGUGGUGUUGCUGGCGUAUCUUGGCCUGUUUUUAGGUGGGGUGGCGGGAAAGACGAUAAAUACUUUGCCAGGAUUGGGAAGAAUGUGGUCUCUGUCUAUGAAACAGAGACUUUCUCUCUUAUUGACAAGAAAUCUUUGAAGGUUGAGAAUGUUAUGGAUUUCUGCUGGUCUCCUACCGAUCCCAUUAUUUCUAUCUUUGUUCCUGAGCUAGGUGGUGGGAAUCAACCGGCUAGGGUGAGUCUUAUUCAAAUCCCCAGCAAGGAGGAGCUGAGACAGAAAAAUCUUUUUAGCGUUAGCGAUUGUCAAAUGUACUGGCAAAGCAAUGGGGAUUAUCUUGCUGUCAAGGUUGACAGAUAUACAAAGACGAAGAAGAGCACAUACACAGGGUUUGAGCUUUUCCAUAUAAAAGAGCGAGAUAUACCUAUUGAAGUUCUGGAGCUUGAGAAUAAGAACGACAAGAUUAUUGCCUUUGCCUGGGAGCCAAAGGGGCACCGCUUUGCAGUUAUUCAUGGCGACAACCCCAGGCCAGAUGUAAGUAUUUACACAAUGCGCACUGCCCACAACAGUGGGCGAGUGUCGAAACUUACAACUCUCAAAGGCAAGCAGGCAAAUUCUCUUUUCUGGUCACCUGCCGGACGCUUCAUCAUUCUUGCUGGACUGAAAGGUCUUAACGGACAGUUGGAAUUUUACAACGUUGAUGAGCUGGAGACAAUGGCAACUGCAGAGCAUUUCAUGGCUACUGAUAUUGAGUGGGAUCCUACUGGGAGGUAUGUUGCAACUGCGGUUACUUCAGUUCAUGAGAUGGAAAACGGCUUCAACAUCUGGUCCUUUAAUGGAAAGCUUCUCUACAGAAUACUGAAGGACCACUUCUUUCAGUUUGCAUGGCGGCCAAGACCGCCAACCUUCUUGAGUCCUGAGAAAGAGGAAGAGAUAGCGAAGAAUCUAAAGAAGUACAGUAAGAAGUAUGAGGCGGAAGAUCAGGAUGUGUCUAUGCUUCUGAGCGAGCAGGAUCGUGAGAAGCGUAGAAUGUUGAAGGAGGAUUGGGACAAGUGGGUCAAUGAAUGGAAAAGAUUGCACGAAGAAGAGAAGAUGUUGCGGCAGAAACUGAGGGAUGGCGAAGCCAGCGAUGAGGAAGAGGAAUACGAAGCCAAAGAGGUCGAAGUUGAAGAGAUUUUGGAUGUUACGGAGGAAGUUUUGUCCUUUGAUUUUGGGCAGGAAUGAGGUUCUUAACAGUAUAUAAUAACUUCAUUGCAUGACAUAUUAUUUGGUAUUUUUGCCCAAACUUAUGCUGCCUGCUCAAACCACUCCCAUCACCUAAUCGACGCUCAAAUCAGCCUCUGCCUCUGCAGUUGAAGGGCGGUGUGGGAGGUAACCUCCAUCACAGCCCGGCUUACAAAUUGCAACUCUUGAAAUGGAACUAGUAGAGGGUGUGUGGUUGAUUUAAUCGAACCACUACAUUGUUGGAAAAAACAGGGAACCGAAGCUUUGUAUGAAAGAUUAGUAGAGAUGAGAACUUUGUUGCUUUGUUUUUGUGUAAUUCUCUGUUUUCAGUUUUCAUUUUCAGAAUCUGAAAACAAAAUUUUACCUAAAUUCUCUUUCAAAUUUCACCAAGAAAGUGAAUGUGGAGUUCUUCUCAAAUGUUUAUAGUUUUGUUCCCUUUAUCUUUAAGGUUGUUCAAAAAACGCAUGGUCCUACCAGUGAUAUUCUUAAUGGUUCGAGACAAGAGACAGCACCAUUUAUGGGGUA